UUCCAGGAGCUCCACUAGUUCACUCCUCAACUACAAUUCAGCUCUCCGGAGCAAAACAUCUGGAACCCCCCGAAAUCUGUCCGCCUCACCAGCACUUGGAAAGAAAAGGAGCAGCCUUUUGAUUCGUUUUGUUCGAUGAGUCUGUGGACGGACUACGACAACGCCUCCGCGGCCGAUCUCUCCGCCUUCUGGCCGACUCCCCCGCCGCCGGUCACUCCUCCUCCGCCGGCGUUGCUCAAUCAGGAGUCGCUGCAGCGGCGGCUCCAGGCCCUGAUCGAGGGGGCUCGCGGGAGGGAGUGGGGGGCGGCGGCGGCGUGGACCUACACCAUCUUCUGGCAGACCUCUGGCGACUAUUCCAACCCUGUUCUCGGUUGGGGCGAUGGGUAUUACAAGGGCGAUACCAAAACCAAAAGCAAGACCACCGCUUGCUUUCCGGCCGAGCAGGAGCACCGUAAGAGGGUCCUCCGCGACCUCAAUUCGCUGAUUUCCGGGUCCGCGAUCGCCGAUGAUGCGAUUGAGGAGGAAGUGACCGACACCGAGUGGUUCUUCUUGCUCUCCAUGACCCAGUCGUUUGCCAACGGCGCGGGGUUGCCGGGUCGGGUCUUCUUUGGCUCAAAUCCUCUGUGGAUCUCGGGGGCCGAGAGAUUGGUGAAUUGCGGGUGCGAGAGGGCUCGGCAGGCGCAGGUCUUUGGGUUGCAGACCAUGGCGUGUGUCCCCGUGUUGAACGGUGUGGUCGAACUGGGUUCCACCGAGCUGAUCUUCCAGAGCUCCGAUCUGAUUAACGGAAUUAGAGGGCUAUUUAAUCUCCCUGAUCAGGAAAUGGGUUGUGGUAGUAGGGAUUUGAACAGCGAGAAUGACCCGACGUCUCUUUGGAUCUGCGAUCCACCUGUCCCGAUGGAGAUUAACGAUCGCUCUAUGACAUUUCAGAUAGAGAACCCCAGUUCAAGCAGUCUUACCGAAAGCCCCAGUGCGAUCUGCACCAGAAAUGAUCAGCAGAGCGGCCAAACCCAGCAGCAAAAUGAGGGUUUUUUCACGAAAGAGUUGAACUUUACGGAGUGCGCGAUUAAUUCGAGUAGCAGAAGCAAUGCAGAUUCUCAUCCUUUGAAGCCGGAAUCUAUUGAAGUACUGAAUUUCGGAGACAGUGGGAGUGGAAGGUUGUUUUCGGGUCAUUCACAGGUCGAGGUUGCAGAGGAGACUAUGAAGAAAAAGAAGAAGAGGUCGUCUGCUUCAAGCGGUAGCAAUGACGAGGAAAUGAUGUCCUUCACUUCUGGAGUGAUUGUGCCUUCUUCAGGAAUGUUGAAAUCGGUCAGUGGAACGGGGGAUUCGGACCAUUCGGAUGUUGAAGCCUCAGUGGUUAAGGAACCUGAGAGCAGCAAAGUCGUAGAACCUGAAAAGAGGCCGAGGAAGCGGGGUAGAAAACCUGCAAACGGGAGGGAGGAGCCUUUGAACCACGUGGAGGCAGAGAGGCAGAGGAGGGAGAAGCUUAAUCAGAGGUUUUACGCCCUAAGGGCUGUGGUUCCGAAUGUAUCGAAGAUGGACAAGGCUUCGUUGCUCGGAGAUGCGGUGUCCUAUAUCAAGGAGCUUAAUGCGAACCUACAAGCUGCAGAGUCCGAUAAGGAGGAUUUGCAGAAGCAGCUGGAUGAGCUAAAGAAGCAAUCAUCAAAUAAAGAAUGUAUCUCUUUGAAGCAAGAUCGUAAGGUGGCAAAACCUACAGGAAGUAGGUCCAAUGGGAUGGUAAUUGAUGUGAAGAUCAUGGGUUGGGAUGCGGUGAUUCGAGUGGAGAGCAGCCGGAAGGAUCAUCCUGCAGCAAGGUUGAUGGUGGCUCUUCAAAAAUUGGACUUGGAGUUGCAGCAUGCUAGUGUUUCUGUGGUGAACGAGUUCAUCAUGAUCCAGCAAGCCACAGUUAAGAUGGGGAGUCAGUUCUACACUCAGGAGCAGCUCAAGGUGGCUCUAUUUGCCCAAAUCUGAGAAAGUUUGAAGGAUUUCGUUCCGUGCGAGUUGGCAUCGACUAGACAAUGGAAUUGAAGUUUCUCCAUUGAAAGCGAGAACCUGCGCAAUAUUGUCAGGUUCCGGGUGGUGCGAACUCUUUGGUCAAUGGGCUUUGUUUAGUUGUGUUGUUGCUUCUGGUAGAUUGAACUCCUAGAUUGCAAGUUGUAGUAAAUAGCCUAGUUCUAGCAUAUAGCAAUUUUUUUUUUUUUUUUUCACAUUGGAUGUCCUGCCGGUCUUCGAUGUAAAUAGAUGUUCCGAAACUGAAACUUCUGGGCUGUUUCCUCAAUCCUUUGUUGGCUUGUUCUGCUGUUUGUUGGGUUCAACCGAGAUCAUGUCCCUUGUACACCAAGCAUCCUGUAAUCAAUGGGCAAGUGUGGCACCGUAUAUUUAUUAUUGUCUUCCUGUCAAA